AGAUGGCUCCCGCGAAGAAGGGCGGCGAGAAGAAGGGUCGUUCUGCCAUCAACGAGGUGGUGACCCGCGAGUACACCAUCAACAUUCACAAGCGCAUCCAUGGCGUGGGCUUCAAGAAGCGUGCCCCUUGGGCACUCAAAGAGAUCCGGAAGUUUGCCAUGAAAGAGAUGGGAACUCCAGAUGUGCGCAUUGACACCAGGCUCAACAAAGCCGUCUGUGCCAAAGGAAUAAGGAAUGUCCCAUACCGCAUCCGCGUGAGGUUGUCCAGAAAACGUAAUGAGGAUGAAGAUUCCCCAAACAAGCUCUACACUUUGGUUACCUAUGUACCUGUCACCACUUUCAAAAAUCUACAGACAGUCAAUGUGGAUGAGAACUGAUUAAAGUUGUAAAGCUGAAAAAAAAAAAAAAAAAAAAAA